AUGGGAAGUCUCAGUGCCGAGCUGCCAUACUGGCAGGUUAACGUCCCGGAAGAUGAGAGGACAGACGAAUGCCCCGACUUCUUGUGUGUAUUAACCGCCAAGGAUAAGGGCAUUAUCAGCACGCCCGACACAGAGUAUCGCCUCAGCACGUGGCCAGAAGUGCAGAAGUUGAUUCUGGAUAACCGAAUCGAUUUGUUUCAACGCGUACCGUCUGAGCUACGGAAAUAUUUGGCAUACACCUGGAAGCUAAAGCAGGAAUAUGGCAGUGUUCUGAAUUUCAUCCUCACAAAGCGCCUUUACUGGGAUACACCUAUAACGCCCAAAGGCAGGCCGUUCGAGUACGACGAAGACGUCAAGAUCCUCUUGAAUGAUUGGCCCUAUGGCCUUGACAAGAAGAUAGUCCACAUUGUCGUCUGGACGAAGUUCGACCUCGAAGAAGACCCCGCGACUGGCGAUCUGACGGACAAGGCUCGAGCCGAAAUCAAUGCGUUCGUUCUCAAGACUUUUGGUUCAAGGGUACCCAGUGAUCAGUAUAUUUGGUUCAAAAACUGGCGUUCUCUGAAGUCAGUCCACGCGGUUGAGCAUUUUCAUGUUAUGUUAUAUGAUCCUGAUCCCGCCUUCAUUGAGGAGAUCACCAAUGGCGAUAUUCCCCUCAUCCGAAAAGUUUGA